AUGGCUGGUCUUCAAAAUCAAUUCAAGGUCGUUUCGACCACCGAGUAUUUAGGCACCACAGUUGAGGUCCUCGAAGGAGAUAUGUUAAGAUAUCCGGUCGAUGUGAUUGUCAAUGCCGCGAAUGUUAGGUUGAGGAGGGGAGGUGGUAUUGAUGGAGCAAUUCAUGCCGCAGCUGGUCAAGAACUUCAAGCUGAAAUGAACAAGCUAUUUCCGCAUCCAGGACAAGUGGGUGAAGCUUAUGGAACGACCUCUUCUUCCAAUAUCAGAUCUUGCAGAUAUAUUAUUCACGCUAUUGGUCCGAAUUGGAAUAUAGUAAACCAGCGAGACGGAAAACUUUUGUUGAACGCUUUUCGGAAGAGUCUAGACCUUGCUAUGGCUAACAAGUUGAGGUCCAUUGCAUUUCCAGGAAUCUCGAUGGGCAUUUUUGCAAUGCCAAAAGAUUUAGCAGGGUUAAUGAUAAUGACCGCCAUUAGAACAUGGAUCAAGGAGCACCCGGGAGAAAUGGAUCGCAUUAGUAUACUGCUACUUGGGUAUUCACAAAACGAUAUAGUAGAGACGCAGUUGCACGAAAUUACUCGAUAUAUGCCAGACACGGGUUCUAAUCUGGAUAAGUUGGUACCCGCAGCUUUCAGAAAAAAGCCUCAUGUUACUACAGCAUCAGCACCUCUUCCAAUCCCGAUAACCACUGGGCUUCUACCUGGCACGACAAUUCCCAGCCCUUCCUCUGAAGGUUCGGGUCUAGUUGGGACUCCAGAUCCUAAUACUGAACAAUCUCCUUCACCAGCACCUCCUCCUCCUUCAUCAACACCUCCACCUUCACCUCCACCUGGCCCUCCCCCACCUGGCCCCCCUCCACCUGGAGGCCCAGCUGUACCUCCCCCAAGACCCGAAGGCGCGCGUGUUGAGACUCCAAGCGAUUCCGAAGACGAACCACCCAACUAUCUCCUCAAUUUCUACGAACCACUAUCACGCAUGUGGAUGGGAAGCGAUCGUUAUUACGCUUUGUUAGAAGCGGGAAUUGACCCCCAAACCUUCUACGAAGGAAUGAUCAUUCCUGAUCCCGAAGAAGAUCCCAAUGUAGAUCCCCUCAUUGGCGAAGAAAGAGAUUUCUGGAGGGAAUAUAACGCCGAGAGACUCCGUCGAGGAAAAGAAAUUAGUCAAGCUUUAGGAUUACCAAUGACAGCUGCAGAAACGGCGGAUGAUGAUGCCGGGGCCUUGAAAACUGCUAGGGAGAAAAGUAUAUCUGAUACACAAGAACUUAUGAGAACAAAAACAGCAGUUCGCGAUGAAAUAAUUAUAAAUGAGGGGACAACUAAUUGUACUGCUCUUACAGAACGUGGAUUCCCAUGUCUUUUUCGUGGCUAUACUGCGAUAUGGCGCAAGCAUAAUGUCCCGGAUCGGUGUACUUUACAUCAGGAUCUGGAGAAAUUCCCGCGGGCUUGA